UGACACUGUUCUGGGGAUCACAUGGCAUGGUUCUGCAAAGGUUUACAACGGACGGUUCUCUGGGUUAUCUACUAUACACCGAGCAGGAAAUACUGAUUUUACACUGGAUGGAACUACAUUAAACCUCAUUGCAAACCUCGGACUUAACGACUGUUCUGCUCACUAUGAAGCACAAGCCGAGUUUAUGGGUAUUACGGUUGGAGCUUCUGCUACAGUAAAGAUAUCUUCAGUUGAUGUCUUUUUUGAUGCUGAGAUGAUUAUUGCCCCAGGAAGUAGUCUUCAAAUUGCUAGGUUUGAGAUAACAAAUAUCGGACACAUUGAUAUAAACGUGAGUGGACUAGGACCCCUGGAUUGGAUUCUGGAGCUACUUGUCGAAGGGAUCGGAAACUCAAUCCGGGGUUGGCUUGCUGACAUCAUUGAGGGACCUUUGAGGGAUAUUCUUCAAGAUAUUUUGGACCAGUAUGUACCAGAGAUACCUUCAAAACUGUUCUAAUUAAUAUCAAAGUAG